AUGGCUUCCCUUUUCUGCAAUGUUUCCGCCGCCGGGAUCUCCCACCGCCGAUUCGCGGCGAAGCCGCGGCGGAUGGUGGCGGUGAGGGCGGAAGCCAUCAAUCCCGAUAUCCGCAAGGCUGAAGACAAAGUUGUCGAUUCCGUUGUUGUUACUGAGCUCGCCAAGCCUCUCACCGCCUACUGCAGGUGUUGGAGGUCCGGGACUUUCCCUCUAUGUGAUGGGAGUCAUGUGAAGCACAACAAGGCUACUGGGGAUAAUGUUGGCCCCUUGCUCUUGAAGAAGCAAUAA